GUACUCGAAACUAGCACAAACUUCCCUGAAUUGUUUAUGAUGCCAUUAAUAGGGGGACCAUCCAGGUGGGCAGCUAUGCUGUCCACGACACUACUGCUGAUACGUUUAGCAGCAGCCCAGUCAAUACCCAUUGACUACUGCGCGACAAUAAACACAGGAACCGGGCCAGGCAACCACAGCGACUGGCAAUCAGACGGCCUGUGUUCCAACUUUUGCAAAGCCAGCAAAAACGGCCUUGCAAUUGUAAAGGGAUCCCUCUGCUGGUGCUCAAAUAUCAUGCCCAGUGACAAUGUCCAAGUGGGGACCGACAAAUGCAGAGAUCCGUGUCCCGGCUUCCCAGACGACGCCUGCGGAGGUGACGGUACUUGGGGAUAUAUGCGUAUCAGAGCCAACCCUAUCACGGGUACAACGGGCGGUGCGUCUACACCAACUUCCACGACGGAUAGAGGAAAUACAGUCACUGGUCCAGACCAGGGCUCAAAACCUCCCAACCCCUCUCCGACUGCCAUGUUGACAACUACAAUCACCGCUGUUCCCUCGCCGCCAAGCACAGACACCCAGACGGGCCAACAACAAAAGACUACGUCACCACCACAAGUAGAGACCGUGACUGCUGACGGUACAACAAGAAUCAUCACCGUGGCACCAACCAACACUGCGGGCUCUUCACAAUCACCCGGCUUUGAUUCGAGUCGUAAGGAAGGAGAAGGCGGGCUCGGGACGGGGGCCGCAGUUGGAAUUGCCGUCGGUGUGAUUUCCAUCCUGGUCGCAGGUGGCAUAAUAGGCUUCAUUUUCUUGCGACGCAAGCGAAGACAGGAUCGAGAGGCUCAAGAGGCUUCCAGUCCCGGAAACUACGGCGCAGACAUGUCCCAGCCGACAACCGGCUUCGCCACUAGGAGACCAACCAACGGGACUUGGGGCAGUGAGCACUCGAGCGGGCGCAGAAGCAGCAUGCCUGAUCCCCGGAUGAAGUCGGCCACGGGCAUAUACGGUGGAACAUUUAUCAACAGGAGCCGCGACAGUUUCGAGUCCAUGCAGGACAACCUCGAUUACUCAAGGCCUGUCCACCAUCCAAACAAGGUCCUUAGGGGUCGGAAGUUGGAAUUGAAUAACGACGCAUACGAAUAUCAUACAAUCAAUCCACUCAGGAACGAUAUCAGCGAAGCCCAAGAAGUGACUAAUAACAUCUUUACGCGACAGCGGCGGAACAUGUUUGGGGACGAAAUGAGCUUGGGUCUCUGGGAUGGUUGUUGA